AUGGGAGGUGAUACGCUUUCAAUGGAUCAGUCUCUCUCAGUAGGUCAGACCCUGGUGUCUCAAGGUAGCAUUUUUGAAUUGGGUUUCUUCAGUACUUCAACUAACACCUAUCUUGGCAUAUGGUAUAAAAGUUUUACUGCACAGAUUAUAGUUUGGGUAGCUAACACAGAACAAAUGUUUUCUUAUCCGUCUUCUGCAAACCUUGCAUUCUCUAGAGAUGGUAAUUUAGUCCUGCUUACCAAUUUUUCUAGAAAUCAAAUUUGGUCAACAAAUUUUGUGUCACCAACGCCAAACUUCACUGAAGCAGUGCUUCAAGAUGAUGGAAAUUUUGUAGUUAGAAAUGUUAUAAAUCCAUCUAAAAUAUAUUGGCAGAGUUUUGAUCACCCAACAGAUACAUUGCUGUCUGGUGCAAAGCUUGGCAUUAAUAAACAUACGGGCAAAACUCAGGUCCUAACUUCGUGGAAAAAUUCAGAAGAUCCUACUCCAGGUAGGUAUUCAUUCGGGAUAGAUCCAGAUGAAAGAAAUCAAUAUUUUAUAGGGUGGAACAAGUCCAGAAGGUAUUGGAGCACUGGAGUUUGGAAUGGGGAUAUAUUUAGCUCUGUUCCUGAAUGGGGGAAUUCUUUAUUCCGUACCAAUUUUAUAUCAAAUGAAAACGAAAGCUACCUCACAUAUUCUAAUCUGAAUACUUCUGUGUUACUAAGAUUUGUGAUGACUAUGUCAGGACAACUCAGGAUUGCAGCAUGGUUUGGUGGCCAUUGGCAUUCGGGUUAUUUUUGGGCUCAACCCCUCCCUGGUCAGGUUUAUGAUUUUUGCGGGACAUUUGGCAUAUCUAAAGGCAAUCUCUCGAUGUUAACCUGUGAAUGUUUGCAAGGUUUUGAGCCAUACUCAAUUGAAGACACAAAGCUAAAUGAUUGGUCAGAUGGUUGUGUGAGAAAGACACCAUUGCAGUGCCAAAAUGGUACUUAUACCAAUGGGAUGACCGAUAGAUUUUUGAAAAUUCAAAACAUAAAAUUGCCAGAAAAUUCAAUAGUACUUCUUGAUAGGAGCCUUAGCUUGCAUGGAAAAUUGCUUUUGCACAGCUUAUGCUUAUAA